AUGGCUCCCGGGUCGAGUCAGGCCGGUUCGGGCAAAAAGAAUGCCGCCACGAUGCCGAAGCAGAGCCGCAAUACCACUCCCGCCCCUGUGCCUUCAGCCAGCCUACCUCCUCAAGAAUUCUACGACCCAGAUUAUCUUAACACGAGGGUAAUUCUGUUUCGAAACCUUAGUUAUGACGAUCUUGUCGACCAAAGCGCCGUCAAUGCGACGGUGCCCGACUCCAAGAGCGUCGACGCGAUGCUAGAAAAGCUAAAAAACCUUGUAAACAUAAUGGAAAAGCGAUCUACAUUCUACGACCGGGGCAUGCGGCAUCUUGCCGACGAGCGAAAGAAAAGACCUGACGACUACGAUAUGCGCGUGGACGGCGAGCCGGAAGGGAAGAGAACCAAACACAAGAGAAAGAAGGGCUCCGAGUCUCUGGGGCAAGAAGAUCUGUCAUCACCUCUCAAGGACGCCAAGCGCAAGCAUUCUCGAGGAGGCUCUGCGAGCUCGUCUCUAUCGCCGCCUGCUGCCGGGUCGCCGUCCGCGAUGGACGUUGACAAGAAAGCGAAAGAAGAGAACAAGGAGGAUGAAGAGGAUGAAGAAUCGAGUUCCGAAGACGAAGGCGCACCGCCGAAACGGCAACUCCCUGCCGCACAAACGUUCGGCGAGGAUCCGUCCACGUUCCCUGACCCGACCGUCUACGAAAUUCGCCCUGUUCACGAGGGCAUGUCCGACGAGGAAAAGAAGGAAAUUUACUCGGUGGCAGUCUAUCCCAAAAACGACCUGGCGAAUCUCAUUGCAGGUGAUCCACCCGACAAUGACUUUAGUAAUGCCAAACCCAGCAGUCAGAUCAACUUUUCGACAUUCUCGACAUACAUCGAUCCGUACUUUAGACCAUUUUCGGAGGAGGACUUGGCAUUUCUACGAGAACGCGGCGACCGCGUGACGCCGUUUGUCAUGCCUAAGAGGGGGAAGAGGCACUACACGGAAAUUUGGGCCGAGGAGGACGGAGCCAUGUCUAUUGACUCGCCGCAACAGGGACGUGAUAAGCUUCCUCCCAAUCAGCCGAGAGGCAGUAUAGACAACAUGAGCGACAGCAUUGGCGAGACGGAUUCUUUGUCGAUAGGGCCUCUGGCCUCGCGGCUGUUGCAACUGCUGCGACCCGAGGGCCGUUCGCAAGGGUCUGAUGAUAAGCCAGCGGUUAAUGGCGUGACGAAUGGUGAUGUUCCCAUGAACGGCGAUGGCAAUGGGGAGGAGCAGGCUGGCGAAGACAAAACGAACUCGUUUCCGCCAGCUACAUACAUGGCAGAAUCGUCGACGGAAGCUUGGAAGAAGGCGACACACCCUAAACUCGAGUAUGCGCAGGUUGACGAGCGGCUCAAGCAGGAGUUGAGGCAUAUUGGUUUUCUUCCCCAGGAAGUAUUUGAGAGCGAAUACGAUGGGCAUUACGACGAUGAGGUUGCGGGCAGGCUACGGCUGUUACAGUCCCGAUUGAAGGAGCAAAUGCUGAUCAAUGGAGCUCGCAAGGCACGGUUGACAGAAUUGGUUCGUGAGCGAAUGGCUCACCAAGAGUACCAGACUAUUCUCGAAGAUCUCGACUCUCAAGUCCAGGCGGCAUAUCUGAAGCGGACGCGGACCAUGGGCAAGAGCAAGAAGACGAAACGCCCCGGAGGAGCGGGUGGCGGCAGCCACUUCGUGGGGGGUGCUGCAGGCACGGCACGACCAGGCAUCGGGGACCAGACCAAGACGCUGAUGGAGCGGAGGAAGCGCUGGAUCGAUACGAUAGGCUCGGUGUUUGACGAUGAGAACCUGGGCAAAGUGCCGAGACAGAAGGACCCGGACAGCUCCAUUUUCAAACCUGACAUCAUGGCAGAUCUGAUCAAAAAGGAGAAGGAACAAUGGGACGAAGAAGUUGAAGAGGAAUAA